UAAAACCCUAGUUCCACUCUCACCACGAUAUCCAUCACCAGCUUUAUCUCCUAGCACAGAAACCCUAAUUCACAGCCAUUUAAUUCAAGGCCCUUUCAGAGUGUUCUUGAAAAUGGCUUCAAAGGCUUUAGCAUCAACUGCUCUCCUCCUCUCCCUGAACCUCCUCUUCUUCACUCUGGUCACGGCUACUCAUCAUGUCCCUAAUUGCCCCCCACCGCCGCCGCCGAAAUGUCCCAACAUUCCGCACCCACAUCCGCCGCCGACAAAGGCCACUUGCCCUAGAGACACCCUGAAGCUGGCAGCCUGUGCCAACUUACUGAAUGAUUUGGUUCAUCUUGUGGUUGGAACGCCACCAAGGUCUCCCUGCUGCCCGCUUCUUGAGGGUCUUGCUGAUCUUGAAGCAGCUGUUUGCCUUUGCACUGCCAUUAAGGCCAAGGUCUUGAAUGUUAACCUCAAUGUUCCUGUUUCAUUGAGCUUGCUGCUGAAUUACUGUGGAAAGAAUGUCCCCAGUGGCUUCCAAUGCGCUUGAAGUAGCGCAGCUUCUCUGCUUCAUUUCUCCCUAUGAAGAACUAUAUAUUUUCUUCGAUACUAGAUUAACUAAUUUUGUAGGGUGGUAUUUGGAAUGAUUGUGGUUAUUGUUUGAGGUGUUGCCAAUAAACUUUCAUCGAGUGUUUCGUUUUUUGAAUUUUAUAUAUAUAUAUAUAUA